GCCAAAUCGGGGUGCCAGGCACAACAAACAACAGCUGCUGAAGGGGGGUAGCAAAAAUUACCCUAUCACGGUGGCUGCAUUGAUCUUAGACUCCCUGGAGCGCAGCGCAGCCGCCUCCGCUGCGCGUUCCCCUCACUUCUUCCAUAACACGCUUUAUUAUCUUUUGGGUUUUCCUUCAACGAACCUGGCCUGGCUCAGGUUUGGGACAGUCAUCCGUCGCGACCGGGUGUCUGGUCCUUUUUUCGCUCGCUUCCAGUCCUUACUUGCCUCUCACUCUGUUAUCACCCCGGCCACUGCCACUGCCGCCGCCGCUGCCCACAGGACCCCCUCGCGUCCGCGCCUGCUGGAGCUCGCCGGGCCUGGUCUCAGCACCUUACAACCACGCCGCGGUCCUUCACUCCUCCAUCUGCGCCACAAAUCUACCCGCGCAUCGCGGCCAAAAUCGCCCACCAUGGAUUCCGACAACGACUCCAUAGACAACUUCCUGGACAACGAGUCCGAUGGGUACUCCCCCGAGCCUAAACCAAAAGCCAAGCCCGCCGCAAAGAAGGCAGCAGCAAAGCCCGCCGCUACCAAAGCUGCGCCCAAGAAGAAGCUUACCCAGUCCAAGCUUGCAGUGUCAAAGAAGCGCGCAAAGCCGGAUUCGGACGACGACGGCGGCGCUGGGUCGGACGAUGACGCCAACCUCUCAAACACACCACCAAACUCCAAGAAGCAGAAGAAGGCUCCCGCCAAGAAGCCUAGCGGGAAGCCCCUCGCCGAGAUAGAGAGCGACAGCAUGAACCUGGACGGCGCUGCCGACGACGUCGACGUGAAGCCCAAAUCCAACAAGUCCGCAACCGAGACGUACCAGAAGCUCACCCAGCUCGAGCACAUCAUCAAGCGCCCCGACACCUACAUCGGCUCCGUGGAGCGGACCGACCAGAAGCUAUGGGUCUUCAACAAGGAGACGCAGCUGGUGGAGAACAGGACCGUCAACUUUGUGCCUGGUCUCUACAAGAUCUUUGACGAAAUCCUCGUAAACGCUGCCGACAACAGCCAGCGUGACAAGACCAUGACGGCGCUCAAGGUCACCAUCGACCGCGAGUCGGGCCAGAUUUCCGUCGAGAACAACGGAAAGGGAAUCCCCGUCGAGAUGCACGAGAAGGAGAAGGUCUACAUCCCCGAGUUGAUUUUCGGCCACCUCCUGACUGGUUCCAACUACGACGACAAGGAGCUGAAGACCGUUGGUGGCCGCAACGGUUACGGUGCCAAGCUUACCAACAUCUUCAGUACCGAGUUCAUCCUCGAGUGCCAGGACAGCAACAACGGCAAGAACUACUCGCAGAGGUGGACCAACAACAUGGGCGUGUGCGAAAAGCCCAAGAUCAAGGCCAAGAAGUCGGCCGAUUACGUGCGCGUCACUUUCAAGCCCGACUACAAGCGCUUCGGGAUGGAGAAUGGCAUCGACGACGAUCUCGAAGGCCUCAUGUACCGCCGCGUCUACGACAUGGCUGGUACCCUGGAGUCCAACAUCAAGGUUUUUCUGAACGGCGAGCAGCUCAAGAUCAACUUCAAGAAGUACUGUGAGAUGUACGCCAAGUCCAUCGCCAAGGAGCGCGACGAUGUGGCGCCCGAGGGUGCCGAAGGCGCCCCCGUGGCCGAGGUCAUCUUCGAGGACCCCAAGCUGCAUACCCGCUGGAAGGUGGCCUUCACCGUGUCGGACGGCUCGUUCCAGCAGGUCUCGUUCGUCAACUCCAUUGCCACCACCUCUGGAGGCACGCACACCAACUAUAUCGCCGACCAGAUCUGCCAGGCGCUGCUAGCCGACCUCAACAAGAAGAAGAAGGGCCACUCGCUCAAGCUGAACCAUAUCCGCAACUACAUCUUCAUCUUCGUCAGCGCCCUCGUCGAGAACCCGGCGUUCACGUCGCAGACCAAGGAGCAGAUGACGACCAAGGCCAGCGCUUUUGGCAGCAAGUGUACGCUGUCCGACGCCUUCCUCAAGAAGGUCAAGCAGACCGAGGCCAUCGAGAACAUUAUCCACUUCGCCGAGAAGAAGGCGGACAAGAUGCUUUCCAAGAGCGACGGCAACAAGCGCUCGCGCAUCAGCAACGACAAGCUGGUCGAGGCCAACUUGGCUGGUACCAGGCACGGCCACGAGUGCACCCUCAUCCUGACCGAGGGUGACUCGGCCAGAGGUCUGGCUGUUGCUGGCCGCGCUGUACUGGACCCGGACCGCAUCGGCGUCUUCCCCCUGCGCGGAAAGAUGCUGAACGUGCGAGAUGCGCCCGUCGAGCAGAUCCUGAAGAACAAGGAGAUCCAGAACAUCAAGCAGUUCCUCGGUCUCAAGCACAAGCAGAACUACACCGACACCAAGAGCCUGCGGUACGGUCACCUCAUGAUCAUGGCCGAUCAGGAUCACGACGGUAGUCACAUCAAGGGGCUUCUCAUCAACUUCCUCCAAGUGCAAUUCCCAUCCCUGCUGCAGAUCCCAGACUUCUUCCAGGAGUUCAUCACCCCCGUCGUCAAGGUGUGGCAGGGCUCUAACCCCAAGAAGCCGCUCAGGCUCAAGAGCUUCUUCAACCUGCCUCAGUACGAGGAGUGGAAGGAGGCCCACAAGCAUGAGAUCCGGCGCUGGGAUUACAAGUACCUCAAGGGACUGGGAACCUCGUCCAACGAGGACGCCCAGGUCUACUUCACCGACCUAGAUCGCCACCUGAAGGAGUUCGAUACGAUGAAGCCCCAGGAGGUCGAUCUCUUCGAGCUGGCUUUCUCCAAGAAGAAGGCCGACGCCCGAAAGGAGUGGCUUGGCAACUUUGUUCCCGGCACAUACCUGGACAACUCGACCAAAUCUGUCUCGUACACCGACUUCGUCAACAAGGAGCUCAUCCUCUUCAGCAUGGCAGACAACAUGCGCUCGAUUCCUUCCGUGGUUGACGGUCUGAAGCCUGGACAGCGCAAGGUCAUCUUUGCCAGUUUCAAGCGGAACCUGGUCAAGGACAAGAAGGUGGUCGAGUUGGCUGGUUUCGUUUCCGAGGUGGCCGCCUACCACCACGGUGAGGCCUCGCUACAGCAGACCAUUGUCGGCUUGGCUCAAAAUUUUGUCGGGUCCAACAACGUGAACUGUCUCGAGCCCAGCGGUAACUUCGGUUCUCGUCUUGCCGGUGGAUCCGAUGCCGCCAGCGCUCGUUACAUCUUCACUCGCCUGUCACCAUUUGCCCGUCGCGUUUUCUCUGCCCUGGACGAGCCUAUUUUGCAGCACCAAGUGGAUGAUGGCAAGGUCAUUGAGCCAAAAACGUACGCACCCGUCAUCCCCAUGGUUCUGGUCAACGGUGCCGACGGUAUCGGCACCGGUUGGAGCACGUCGAUCCCCAACUACCACCCCAAGGACAUUGUCGACAACCUGAGGCGACGCAUGGGCCGCAUGGAUGGGGAAGAAGAGCAACCUUUCCAGACCAUGCUCCCCUGGUUCCGUGGCUGGAAGGGCUCGGUGCGAGCCGAGGGUCCGGGGCGGUACAGCUUCAAUGGUACCGCAGAGGUGGACGAAAAGAAUCCUAACGAGGUCGUCAUCACGGAGCUGCCCAUCCGGAUGUGGACGGAUGAUUUCAAGGCCAAGCUGGAGGACAUCAUCCGUGCCGAGAAGGCCCCGUCCUUCAUCAAGGACUACAAGGAGUUCAACGACCACCGCAACGUGCACUUCAUCAUCCAGCUCGAGGAAAAGCACAUGCAGAUCGCGCUCAAGGAGGGUCUCUUGGAGAAAUUCAAGCUUCUCAAGAAUAUCGCCACGACGAACUUGGUCGCUUUCGACACCAACGGCAUGAUCCGCAAGUACGAAAAAGUAGAGGACAUCCUUGAGGAGUACUACCACUACCGGUUCAACAUGUACACCGAGCGCAAGGCCCACUGGCUCAAGGUGUACCAUGCCGACUACCGCAAGCUAAAGAACCAGUACCGUUUCAUCUCGGAGAUCAUCGAGGGCAAGCUGGUCGUCUCCAAGAAGAAGAAGGUCGUUCUAGUUCAGGAGCUGCGCGACCGCAAGUAUGAGGCCUUCCCCAAGACCGAGGCUGCAAAGAGGGCCAAGGAGGACGAUGAGGACAACGAGCCCGCAGAGGAAGAAGACGAAGGCAGCGCCAGCGACUACGAUUACCUUUUAUCGAUGGCUAUCUGGUCGCUCACAUACGAGCGUUUGGAGAAGCUCAAGAAGUUAAUCGACGCCAAAAAGGCCGAGUAUGACGAUCUGGAGAGCAAGAGCGAGAAGGACCUGUGGUGCAAGGAUCUAGACGACUUCAUGGAGGAGUGGGAGGAGCAGAUGCGGCUCGACAAGGAGAUCCAGACCAACAUCAACCGCAUGGGUCGUCGUGUCUCUAAGAAGAUCGGCGCCGGCCGAGGAGGCGGUCGCAAGCCCAAAGCAGCCGACGACGACUACGCCCCGACCAAGGGCAAGGCCGCAUCAAAGGCCGCACCCAAGGCUGCUGCGAAGGUUAAAGAGGGCCCGGCGAUCAAGGUCGAGCCGACAAAGACGCACGAGCGCUUCGCAAGCAUGUUCUCGGCGAAGCCCAAAGCAAAGGCCACCAGCAGGUCUCAGUUCGACGGGGCAUCAGACGAUCUCUCCGAAGACGACUUUGCUGCGCUCAGCAAGCCCAAGGCCCCUUCAGUCAAGAAGGAGGACUCGGAUGAGAGGCCCGCAGAUACUGUCAUGGAUCUGGACGACGAUUCGAUACAGGUGCCCGUGCGCUCCAAGCGCGCCGCUGCAGCGAAGCCCAAGCAAUGGAUCGUCGAAGACGACGAGUCCGAGUCCGAUUUUGACGACAAGAUGCUGGACGACGUCGGAGCAAUGGUCAAGGGCAUCGGCAAGCCCGAGGCCGAGUCGGGCAACGGCACCUCGGGCCGGUUGAGCCUGUUCGCCAUGUCUCGCCCGGAGAGCAGCGGCGACAACGCCAGUGCGACACUCAACAGCAAACUCAAGACGAAACAUUCCAAGACAUUUGCCGACCUAGACAGCCCCGACGAGACCAACUACGAACUCCUGGCCCAGCGCUCUAGCCCCGUCAAGUCGGUCAAGGACGACGUUGUCGACCAAUUCCUCUCGGACGACGACGACGACGACGACCUGCCGCCACCCAGCAAGAUUGCAGCCACGGCCAAGGCCUCGUCGUCGGCAGCACCUCCCAAGGCCCCCCUCAGCGUCGUCGCCGCCCCAGCCAAGAAGGCUCGCGGACGCCCGGCGGGUGCCAAGAACAAGGCCAAGGAGGACGCGCCGGCGCCAAAGGCCAAGGCUAAGACGGCGGCAGCCAAGAAGCAGACGACGCUCUCGCCCGCCGCCAAGGCCUACGCCGCGAAGCUCAAGGCGAAGAAGACGGUCAUGGACGACGACGAGGAUGAUGACGACGACGACCUCGUUAUGAGGGACGCGCCCGCUUCCCCCGUCGCUGCGGCUCCCAAGGCGCGUGGCCGUCCCGCGCGCGCCGCCGCUUCCAAGCCCAAGAAGCCAAUCGUCCUCGACGACUCGGACGAUUCGAUGGGCAACGACAAGGACGAGAGUGACGAUUUCGGCGAGGACAGCGACUAAAAAGGUCGCCUAAGAGACUAUAUGUCGGCGUUUUGACAAAAAAAAACAUACAUGAGAUAUGCGGGAUAUGGAUUGAUGCUGGUGGAAGCACAUCUUUCUUCUUUUUAUCCUUUUCCGGCGUCUUUUCUCUCUGUAAUCGGGGACGGUCGGGUAGAGUGAGAGCGGAACGGAGAUGGUGUCUGGGAUGGGUGUAUGUUUUUUUUUCAUUCUCCCUGACUUGCAUCGCCUUGCCUCUUCUUCUCUCUAUCCAGUGUCUUUUUCCUUGGCUGUUUUUGCCCGAUGUCGUCUUGAGUUCUCCGAUAUCAUCUCGUCGCUUAUGUUUCGUCUGGAAGGCAUAGGCUUUUUCCUCUUUUUUAAACUUUGCUUGUAUAUCCGGCGUUGCUUGCUGAUGAUGAUGGCGCGAUUGUGAAUAUACUUAUUCAGCAUCUCCAUCCAACGAGCCUCAUGGCAUGAGGCUUGCCCAUAGAUUUCUCAGAGCCAUCCGCUUCGAUAAUGAUUAUCCACAUUCAAACAUGGAACUUGGG